AAAGGGCGUGAAGCCUCCAUUUCUGGAAACGAAACGGGCAACGAAGGAGCUGCCUAAUCGGCGACAUAGGAGCCCGGAUGAUGCAGAAGGACCGAGGUGCCCGGCGGGGGAAGGAAGGAAGCGCCGCCCGAGAGGAGGAGAACGUGCCCCGCGGAGCAGCCCUGCCCGGUGCUGGCGCGCCUUCCUCGGGAGACGGCGGGGAAAGGUCAGGAAGCUCCGGGGCUGCAGGAGGGAUGAGCCCAGGGGGACCCCGAGAAAGGCGGCUGCCUGGAGACGGAUGCGAAGAGAAGGAAAUGGGCGGAGACUCCAAAACAGUCUUGGAGGACGGAAGAUCCUUCCGAAAACGCCGGAAAACCCAAAGGAUCCAGGAGUGUGGAAAGAAAUAUCAGUGCUCCGAAUGUGACAAAUCGUUCAAGGCAAAUAACCAACUUCAAACGCAUCUAAGAAUCCAUUCAGGAGAGAAACCUCAUAAGUGCCUGGAGUGUGGAAAGAGCUUCAGUCAGAGGGGCACCCUUUAUACACAUCAAAGAAUCCACACAGGAGAAAAACCUCAUAAAUGCCUGGAGUGUGGAAAGAACUUCAAUAAGAGGGGCAACCUUUAUAUACACCAAAGGAUCCACUCAGGAGAGAAAUGUCAUAAAUGCCUGGAGUGUGGAAAUAACUUCAGUAAGAGGGGCACCCUUUAUAUACAUCAAAGGAUCCACUCAGGAGAAAAAACACAUAAAUGCCUGGAGUGUGGAAAGAGCUUCAGUCAGAGGGGCCACCUUUAUCAACAUCAAAGGAUCCACACAGGAGAAAAACCUCAUAAAUGCCUGGAGUGUGGAAAGAGCUUCAGUCAGAGGAGCAGCCUUUAUACACAUCAAAGGAUCCACACAGGAGAAAAACCUCAUAAAUGUCUGGAGUGUGGAAAGAGCUUCAGUCAGAGGAGCAGCCUUUAUGCACAUCAAAGGAUCCACACAGGAGAAAAACCUCAUAAAUGUCUGGAGUGUGGAAAGAGCUUCAGUCAGAGGGGCAGCCUUUAUACACAUCAAAAGAUCCACACAGGAGAAAAACCUCAUAAAUGUCUGGAGUGUGGAAAGAGCUUCAGUCAGAGGAGCAACCUUUAUACACAUCAAAAGAUCCACACAGGAGAAAAACCUCAUAAAUGUCUGGAGUGUGGAAAGAGCUUCAGUCAGAGGAGCAACCUUUAUAGACAUGAAAAGGACCGAGGAACCCGGCGAGGGAAGAAAGGAAGCGCCGCUAGAGAGGAGGAGGAGGAAAGCGUUCCCCGCGGAGUAGCCCUGCCCUGCCCUGAGGCGCCUUCCCCGGGAGACGGCGGAGAAAGGUCGGGAGGCCCUGGGGCUGCAGGAGGGAUGAGCCCAGGGGGACGCCGGGAAAGGCGGCUGCCUGGAGGGCGAUGCGGGGAGGAGGAAACGGGUGGAGACCCCGAGACGGGCCUGGAGAGCGGAGGGUCCUUCGGAAAAUCCCGGAAUCUCCAAAGGAUCCAGGAGGAGGGAAGGAAAUAUCAAUGCCCAGAAUGCGAAAAAUCCUUCAAAACUAAUGACCAUCUUCAAAGACAUCUUAGAAUCCAUUCAGGAGAGAAACCUCACAAGUGCCUGGAGUGUGGAAAAAGCUUCAGUCAGUUGGGAAACCUUUCUAGACAUCAUAGGAUCCAUUCCGGAGAGAAACCAUACGAAUGCAUGGAGUGCGGAAAGAGAUUCAACCUGAAGGAAAGCCUUAAUACACAUCAAAGAACCCACACAGGAGAGAAGCCACAUAAAUGCUUGGAAUGUGGAAAGAGCUUCCAUCUGAGGGAAAGCCUUUUUAGACAUCUAAGCAUCCACUCAGGAGAAAAGGAAUACCAGUGUCGGGAAUGUGAAAAAUCCUUCAAAACAAAUAACGAUCUUGAAAACCAUAUAAGAAUCCACACAGGGGAGCAACCUCAUAGGUGCCUACAGUGUGGAAAAAGCUUCAAUCAUAUGAGCAGCUUCUAUAGACAUAAAAAAAUCCAUUUACAAAAAACAUAUGAAUGCUGGGAAUGUGAAAAAUCCUUCAAAACAAUUCAAAUCCUUGAAGAACACCUAAGAAUCCACUUGGAAGAGAAACCUAAUAAAUGUCUGGAGACAACGGAGUCCGUCGGCAAUCCUGGAAAUCCACAAAGAAUAGAAAAGAAGAAAUCUCCAAAGGGAGAAAAGAAAUACAAGUGCCCAGAAUGUAAAAAAACCUUCAAGAGAAAUGGACACCUCCAAAUCCAUCUAAGCAUCCACUCAGGAGAAAAGGAAUAUCAGUGUCCGGAAUGUAAAAAAUCUUUCCGAAGAAAAGACCAUCUUCAAAGCCAUCUAACAAUCCACUCGGGAGAGAAACCUCAUAAAUGCCUGGAGUGUGGAAUGAGCUUCAAUCACAGGAGUAGCUUUAGUAGACAUCAAAAAAUCCACUCAGGAGAGAAACCAAAUAAUUGCUUGGAGUGUGGAAAGAGCUUCAAUGAUUGGAGCAGCCCUUGUAGACAUCAAACAAUCCAGUCAGGAGGCAAACCAAACAAUUGCUUGGAGUGUGGAAAGACCUUCAAUGACAGGAGCAGCCUUUAUAGACAUAGAAGGAUCCACUCGGCAGAAAAAUCGUAUAAAUGCCUGGAGUGUGGAAAGAGUUUUGGUCAUUGGAGCAACCUUCAUUUACAUCAAAGGAUCCACUCGGGAGAGAAACCUCAUAAAUGCCUGGAGUGUGGAAAGAGAUUCUGUCAGAGGAGCAGCCUUUAUAGACAUAGAAGAAUCCACUCAGGAGAAAAACCGUAUAAGUGCCUGGAGUGUGGAAAGAGGUUUGGUCAUUGGAGCAACCUUCAUUUACAUCAAAGGAUCCACUCGGGAGAGAAACCGUAUAAAUGCCUGGAAUGUGGAAUGAGAUUCUGUCAGAGGAGCAGCCUUUAUAGACAUAGAAGAAUCCACUCAGGAGAAAAACCGUAUAAGUGCCUGGAGUGUGGAAAGAGCUUCCGUCAGAAGACUAAUCUUUAUCUACAUCAAAGGAUCCACUCGGGAGAGAAACCGUAUAAAUUAAGAGAGGAACUCUAUAGACAUCAAAUGAUUCACACAGGAGAAAAACCAUAUAAAUGCCUGGGAAAAGUUUCAUUUCAAAGCAGGAACUUUAUUCCCAUCAAGGAGUCCACACAAGAAAAGCAUAUAUUGCUUUCCUUAAGUUUUACAGGAGUGCCGAAAGACAGCACCAAUGCUGCUGAACUUCUCCAGCAGAUUUUGAAAACUCUUUUAAUUGUAGGUCCCCAUUUCUGA